CUGGCACGCGUUAGAGACGAGCUGUCGUCGGGGUGAAGAGACACAGAAGGAAGAUUAUCAGCUGCUUUCUGGAAGGUGUAACGGUUUCGUCGUCAACGAGUGUCGGUGUGGAUUUUAUUGAGGAGAUCACCAGAACGCACGACUGAACUGUGAUACACGGCGACUUCAUUUUCAGCAAAACAAUUUGGGAUUACACAUGAAGGAAUUGGUCAUUUAUUUUGACGUUGAAACAGAUAGACGUCUCUGGCUCGUGGCUCCAGAAUUGCGUCCGGUGCCGUUUUUGGAAGCUGUGAUGAACCGAGCCCUCUGAUGCGGUGAGAGUGUGCGUGAGUCCUGCGGGUAAACAACUCAGUCCACCAACUAUAACUGUUGCUUUUUUUUUCGGUUCCAGACUUUUGCCCCGUUUCAUGGCUCCUAACACUGAUACAGGCAACACUUGGCUGUACUUUUACGCACAAUAGAUGCGACAGCCCCGUUAAAUGAGCGUGGACCUGUUGCUUCCGAACCUUUGAAUGAAUUCUCGGCUAAAGCAGACAACCAGCCCACUUUUAUUCAUGAAACCUUUUUAAAAUAUUUGAGAAGCUGAUUGACUCCUGCGCGCAAACGCGAUCAGAAACUUUAGAUUUUUGUCCUUAAAAUGUGUAUUCUUGAUGUCUUUUAAGUCACUAUUGUGAAUGCUCUUUUCUUAUUAGUGUAACUUUCAGCCCUAGAGGACAAGAUGAACCUGUGCUUUGUCAGCCUUCUCCUCAUUUUGGAUUUAGUUUCCGUGGCGUUCAGUUUGUCGACAUGCAGCAUAUUGGACAUGGAGCAGUUCAAGAAGAAGCGCAUCGAGGCUGUCCGAGGGCAGAUCUUAAGCAAACUUAAACUCGCCAAUCCUCCAGAGGACUUCCCCGAGCCCGAGGACGUGUCCAGGGACAUCGUGGCCAUUUAUAACAGUACACGGGACCUACUGCAAGAGAAGGCCAAUGAACGGGCGGCGACAUGCGAGCGGCAGCGGAGUGAGGAGGAGUAUUACGCCAAGGAGGUGCACAAGAUAGAAAUGCAGCCCAUCUAUCCUUCUGAGAAUGUGAUUUCUCCCACUCUCUUCAACCCUUACUUCAGACGGCUAAUGUUUGACGUGUCCUCCAAGGAGAAGAACGCCUCCAACCUGGUGAGAGCCGAGCUGAGAAUCUUUCGUCUUCAAAAUCCUACGGCAAGAGUAGCUGAGCAGCGCAUUGAGCUCUACCAGAUUUUAGCACACAAAGACCUGACGUCGCCAACUCAACGAUACAUUGACAGCCGAGUGGUACGAACGCAAACAGAGGGCGAGUGGCUGACCUUUGAUGUGACAGAGGCAGUGAGCGAAUGGAUGAAUCACAGAGACAGAAACAGUGGAUUCAAGCUCAGCCUACAUUGUCCAUGCUGUACUUUUGUUCCAUCAAAUAACUACAUUAUUCCCAACAAGAGUGAGGAGCUGGAAGCACGGUUUGCAGGUAUUGAUGACAGCUUCGUCAGCAGUGGUGAUCUAAAAGUACUCAAGAGGCUGCGCCACAAUACUCGGACACCACACCUUCUCAUCAUGCUGCUGCCCUCAUACCGAUUGGAGUCUCCGUUCCACCACAAAGCACAUCGAACAAAGAGAGCCCUGGAUGCAGCUUACUGCUCCAGAAAUGUUCAAGACAACUGCUGCUUGAGAACACUCUACAUUGACUUCAAGAAAGACCUUGGCUGGAGUUGGAUUCAUGAGCCAAAGGGCUACGAUGCCAACUUUUGCGCUGGAGCCUGUCCUUAUCUCUGGAGUGCUGACACGCAACAUGCCAAGGUGUUAGGCCUUUAUAACAGCAUUAACCCUGAUGCAUCAGCGUCACCCUGCUGUGUAUCUCAGGACCUGGAACCCCUCACCAUCCUCUACUAUAUCGGCAAGACGCCGAUAAUAGAACACCUCUCCAAUAUGAAGGUCAAGUCUUGCAAGUGCAGCUAGAAAACUAAGCCAGCACAAGCCACACCCAACUUCCUUUCCACAAGAACGCACACACACCAAUUGCAACCAUGCUAUCGCUUCUAUUUUCACUCACACGGUCCAGUGUCAUGUGUUCAAGAUUAGCGGUACUGAACAAAUAAACUUCAUUCCAAAAUGGCACUGCUUACACUCUUACAAAUACACUACACAGACCUUGAUUCCACAAAGACUUUGACACCAUGUGCCUUGUAUUUGUUUUUUGUUUUUUCCAUGGUCUUUAGCAGACAUCAAAUCUGGCUGGUGAGCAAAUAUUUUGAUGCUGAACAUUAGUCCAAGUUGAAGUGCGCCUUCAGUGUGCGGUGCCCUGCUCGGCUUUCCAAGCAUCGGCCCCACUCAGCUAUCCAAUUUCAAGAUUCAACCUGUCAUAUCCAAUCAUGCCUCUUUCUCCUGUAUGGGUAACAGUGCAGUUAUUUUGGUGCUAACAGAAUUAGACUGGGGUAUUGUUCUCAUGUAGCUAAACAAGCAAAACAAAAGGCUCGAAGAGUAAGAAAUCCUGAGUAUUUUAUAAUGACAAAUGAACACCAUGAAGUCAUAUUUACACAAGAUAUCGGCAAUUACCUGAAAUGUUUUGUACGGUGUUUGCCAUACAUUAAGAUGAUAGAUUACCACUGUCUUUCAGAGAAACACAGUGCAAUUAAUCGUGAUCCAGUUUUAGUGAGAUCAACUAACACUCAGGGCUCUAUUUUUAUUGGCAGGCACAUGCGCAUGGGUGUAUAACUGGCACAUCUUGAUUUUCAUGGCGAUGUAAGCCUCGUUUCGAAUUUGACAGAUCAUGCCGUGCCAUGCCGUGCAUUCAGGCAGACCCAGAGUAUUUUCUUUUACGUGGCCCCGGCACACCUGAUGACUUGGUGGCUGAAAGUAGGCUAAAAUGGCCCUGAGUCUUGACUUCCCUCGUUUUAACUCAAAAUAAAAAGUACCAAACAGUUCUGUCCCUUAUUAGUUAAUUCAGUUGAGGAGAAUUGCUGUAUUCUACAGCUUUGUUCAUUGAAAUGGUUACCUUUUCCUGAUUGACAGAAGAAAACUGAAAAUUACAAUUGCUGUUGGCUUGUCUCGACAUGAUCUAUCACAUAUCAAUAGACGACACCUUAGAGCAGUGUUUCCCAACCUUCAGUGGGCAGAGGAACCCAUUUCACAUUUGAACAAUUUCAUGAACACUGAAAUAAUGGUGAUCUGGUCUCAAUUUACCCACAAACUAACUUACCCCAUGUGAAAUGUCGAACUUUUUAAUUGAAAACAUAGGCGUUUACCUCGUAGACCUUACCAUGAAGUUAUUUUGUUGGAUGAAUGGCAACCGGGAGAUACACAGGUUCAUUUUACCACCUGACAUCAAUUGGAAGAGCAUUUAUUUGUUCUGCCCGUCACUAUACAUCACUGGCAUUGAUAGAUGAAGAUACUGUAUAUACAUACAUGUAUAUAUACAGGUAUUCAUCAUUUAUUUAUUUUUUUUUAAUUGGGGCAGACUCAGUGUGAUUGGAUAAUUUCCAGCGGCACCCCUGAAGCGCUCUCAAGGCACACUUGUGUGACAUGACACUCUAACCGGCUGGGAACCAUUGCCCUCCACAAAACCUUGUCACAUGUUGAUGGCAGCCUCCGUACAACAGUGACACUGCCAAUAGGUUAUUGAAUAAAUGAAUCAGUAAAACCCUGGUUGAAAAAAAAAAACUUUGUUUUUAACAUGAAGGAUGAAAUAAUAGCGUUAGUAAUGUAAUGACAAAAUGUUGAUUGCCAUCGCAACGAUGCGCAAGUGGAUGUGCCCUUUUUUUUCAAUGGGCUUCUAUAGAAGGCCCAGUCAACAUGAAUCACCUCACGUGCUUGUCACACGAGACAGAUUAAGGCAAACACUGGAAGUUUAUGUGAUAAGUGUCUACAUGUGAAAUGAGUUCUGAAAAUUACACAGAUCCACCCUCAAUCCCCAUCCACCUUUGCGCUCGCGCUUAUUCAAUCAUACCACCUCCUCAUUUGUAUCUGUCUUUGUUUUGUAUCCUUUGUCAUUUUUUAUGUGUUCUUUGUAUUGCUAUUUAAGAUGUUCGUGCUUUGAUGCGCUACACUCAAGAAACUUUGAAUAUAUCGAGAAGUGGAAAUGCAACCUCGCCGACCCUUUGUAUCUGUCAGGUGCUCCAUUAAAGAUUUUUUUGUUGUAAAAUGUUAAUAGUUUUGGAAAUAACUGCUGUCCGCUUAUAUAGUGAAAGGGUGAGCAACUUGUGCAAGUGUUCCAGAUGUGCAGCUUGAUUUCCAAACGGUUUUCAAAACAGUUCACUCGAUAAAAUAUUUGUGUCUAUCAUGAUAAAAAACCCAACAUUGUUUGGGAGUGAAACUCAGUUUGCACAUGUUGCAGAAAUUAGAUGGCUAUUCUGUAGAACAAAGCAAUAAGCAGCUGGAAGAUUGUUCAUUUUCUGACAGGCCUGAGACCAUUGUAGGUGGAGCGCAUCUUAAUGACAUCGAGUUGCUGUAGCUUCCUCGUUAUAUAUUUCAGACCACAUACUGUAGUGAGCAUGUUGAUAACAUGGGCAUUAAACAAUUAUUAUGAUGCAUGUCAAACAUUUGACAUUGGCAGUGCUGCAGCAUUUGUUCAAUGCGAAAGAUGGAAGAAGCUACUGAAAUGGCAACCAUUCAGUUUGAGAUAAUGCAAGCAGCAAUUACUUUUUCUUAAGAUUCUAGUUGGUUCCAAGAAAUGUACUUUUAUUUUUAAAACUUGGCUAUUCUCACGUGCUCUGGAAAACACAACAUUGCUUAAUCGUGUAAUCUUACAUCUCAAUUUGAAGUAGGCCAACUUGAAGCAAAUACAGCUAUUCAAAACUGCCGCAAUGAAGAAAUAGGCUUGCAAAUUCCAGCAUCAAAACUUUCCUUGGGAAUUAAUGGGAAUAUAUAAACAUUAACAGAAAGUAAUUCAUUGGAAUACAUUUGAAAUUUACAGUUUAGUUAUCAAUGGGAAAUGUUAUUAUAUUAAUGUAGGGAACAAUGUUUUGCAGUACUGUAGUAUAUUUCUUCACAGACUGGUUUGUUUGUUUUUUUUCUACUUUGAUUUUGGAGCUAUUGCUGGAAAUGUUUUCAUUCUAUUUUAAAAAAUAAUCAAUUUGUAAGUCCUCAUUUCUGUUCGAGUUGGUUAAGCGUCGAGAUCUCACAGAAUUUGGAAGUGUCUGCAUUAAGCACAAAAAUCUUGUCAUCAAAUACAUUUGUUAAGCACUGCAUCCAGUCUGUAUUGUACAGGAUAUAUAUUUGUUGGAGUCAAGAAUAAUGCCCGGUUCAAUAGCACGGACUGAAUAUUUAUUCUCGAGGAAAAAAAAACUCUCGUGAAUAUGUUAAUACAGUUUAGCUGAGGUUGUCCAUCCCUUUGCAAGCCAACUAAUCAUCAAAUAUGAUCUGUCUGUGACUGCCACAUGAAAAAGUGCAACACAAUAUAUUAUUUUGCAACCAACAACUGAAAUGGGACACUAUUGAAAAGUCUCUUUUUUUCCUUCUUUCCUUAGGAAAUAAAACUCCCAAAUUCCUUGGAUUUAUUAUGAUUUUUUUUGAAGGAAGCAAAUCCGAAUCCGUGUCCAGUCUAUCCCUAACAUGACAAAAAUUGCUUCUGCCAUCCGUGUCCCUUUCACUGUACGGUUGAAUCAAAAACUUUCCAUCCAUGGAGAAACUAAAAGCGAUGACACUUUAUAGACAUUGGGCGAAUAUUGGUAUCAGUGGUUGUAAGGUGUCCUUGAGUUUCUAGAAAGGCGCCCACAAAUAAAAUGUAUUAUUAUUAUUAUUAUUAUUAUUAUUAUUAUUAUUAUUAUUAUUAUUAUUAUUAUUAUUAUUAUUAUUAUUAUUAUUAUGUCAUGCUCUCACCAUAGUCAUGGGCAUAGCUUACAGUGUUUCUAACCACUUUGUCUUCUGGUGAGGUCUUUUACAAGUGAUGACAGUGCACAUGCAGAAACGCUGCGUACUAUUAGUGUCAUUUGACCAAUUUAGGAAGGUUGCUGACUGGAAUAAGGAGCAUUUCAAAUGUUUUCAAGAUGGAAGAACAUUACAAAACACAUUAGUCAGUCAAUGGCCAAUUGAUCCACUUUGUUCGAGGUUAGGAAAAUGUCAUCACUGAGCCAUACUGUAUUUCUGCCAACAUGACACUUUUGUUACACCCUCGUCUCUCUGUCAUUAGCUUUCAAAACAAAUUGCACUGAUGUUGUUUUCGUUUUGUUUUUAGUGUAUUAAAAAGAGAAGGUAUUCCCUUUAUAUUUUAGUUAGUCAACACCCGCCCCCUUCCACCUUCAUCAAACAAGGAGUGUGGAUAACCAGCCCAAAUGGGCAAUGCCAGUGGACAUCCUGACUAGCAGGGAAAAAAAGAUUUCUACACGCCUUUUUUGUUGUUGUUGUUUUUUAUUGUGUUUUUGGUUUUUAAUGAUGUGAUUGUGACCCACCAUGUUGUACUGUAAUAAGGUAUAUUGUGGUGCUCUAGUGGAAAAUAAAUUAUUUAUAAUUCAA